UCGACAGCCAUAUCAAAGUUGCUCUUUAGCAUACGAAGCACGGCUGGUCGUGGUGCUACUCCCCGAAAAAAAAUAACAGAAACGUGUGUUGAAACAGUUUCGAAUCCUUCUGUUUUGUAUCCUUUCGAUAGUUCGUACGAGUCAUCGUGAUCUUUCGGAAAUCUAAAUCGAACCCCUCAAAAUGGCAUUACACCAAAUAAAUCAACCAACUUACCAGGCCUAUGGAGCCGGCAACAUGACUGUGGUGGACAUGAUCACUCCUGACAUGCAGCACUUGGUUGAUCCAUAUUGGAGUCAGUUCCCCCCAAUGAAUCCACUUUGGCAUGGAAUUCUUGGCUUUUUCAUGGCAGUCACCGGUCUUACUUCGGUCUGCGGCAACUUUGUAGUUAUUUAUAUUUUCUCGACAACGAAAUCUCUCAGGACCCCAUCAAAUCUGUUCGUGGUGAAUCUAGCAAUUGCUGACUUCGGAAUGAUGGCCUACAUGGCUCCAGCUACGAUCAUCAAUUGUUACUAUGAGACAUGGGUUAUGGGCCCAUUCAUGUGUGAGAUCUACGCAUUCAUUGGAUCCUUGUUCGGAUGUGUAUCAAUUUGGACCAUGACAAUGAUCGCCUUUGAUCGAUACAAUGUCAUCGUAAAGGGUAUUGCUGGAAAGCCACUAACUAAUGGAGGAGCGCUGAUGAGGGUCUUGGGUAUUUGGCUAUUCUGCGGUUUCUGGGCAGUUGCUCCAAUGCUUGGUUGGAACCGAUAUGUACCAGAAGGCAACAUGACUGCAUGCGGAACUGACUACAUCAACACCGACUGGGUCAGCAGGUCAUACAUCCUCGCGUAUGCAACCUUCGUCUACUACACACCACUCUUCUUGAUCAUCUACUCUUACUAUUUCAUCAUCAAAGCUGUAUCUGAGCACGAGAAGGCCAUGCGAGAGCAAGCCAAGAAAAUGAACGUUGCAUCCCUUCGAUCUGCUGAAGAUGCCAGCAAGAGUGCUGAAGCCAAAUUGGCAAAAGUCGCUUUGAUCACCAUUUCACUAUGGUUCAUGGCUUGGACUCCCUAUCUAGUCAUCAACUUCUCCGGCAUCUUCCAAACAAUGAAGCUUUCUCCAUUGAGCACCAUCUGGGGAUCGGUAUUCGCCAAGUGCAACGCUAUCUACAAUCCAAUUGUGUAUGGUAUCAGCCAUCCGAAGUACCGAGCUGCAUUGUUCCAGAAAUUCCCAUGCUUAGAGUGCGGAAGUGAAGCUCCAGCUGCUGCUGCUGCUCCAAAGGAUGACACAUCCCAGAACACAACAGCUGCCUAAACGUUUACAGAUUGUGGGGACAAAUGACGACUGUGCUGAUGAUGAUUAACUUGAAUUGUCUAUUAUUUGAAUUUCUGUUUAAAUUUUUACGAGCAUUACGAAUAAAUCGUCCUGGAAAAAAAAACACAAA